AUGGCUGACAGAAUUCCGCUGAUCACGCUUGAGGAACACUUUGUCUCCAAAACCAUAGUGAACUAUUAUUCUUCCCAAAACAAGGAACAGCCGAUGCCCGAAAAACAUAAUCACAGUAUGGCGAAACUACUCGAACUCGGCCCCAAGCGACUGAGGUCAAUGAACAAUGGCAGAGUCAGCAUACAAGUCAUUUCACACCGACCAAACACUCUAGCGCUCCCUCCUGAGAUCUGUACUGCCGCCAAUAACGAGCUCCACGAUGCCAUUCAAAAUUGUCCCGAUCCAACCCGCUUCGCUGCCUUCGCAAUGCUUCCGACAGCGUAUCCAGAAGCUGCAGUCAAAGAAUUAAAACGUUGUGUCGAAGAACUUGAUUUCGUUGGCUCGAUGAUCGACAAUACGACUAAUGGCAGAUACUACGAUGACGAAUUCUUUUGGCCCAUUUUCGCCGCACAUGAGCAGCUCGAUGUGCCUGUGUAUCUGCAUGGUGCGCCACACGUGCUAGAGGACUCCUCUUCAUUUCAUGGGAAUUACCCAUCCAACGUCUCAGACUUUCUGGCGAACCAUGGCUUUGGCUGGCACUCAGAGGUGGCGCUGCAUAUCUUAAAGCUCUUCGCUUCACGUCUUUUUGACAAAUAUUCUCGUUUAAAAUUGAUCCUGGGCCAUAUGGGCGAGCAUCUACCGUACACACUAGAACGGCAGCACCGGUUGAUUCAGAAAACCUGGCCGCUUGCCGCGCGGCCCCAGCGACACUUGUUGCAAGUUUGGCACGAGAAUAUCUACGUGACAACGAGCGGGAUGUUUAGUCUAGCUCCAAUGGCAUGCUUGAUACAUAUGUGCUGCGCGGACAAGGUCCUCUAUAGCGUGGACUAUCCGUUCUGCAGCAACGAGGAAGGACUGAGUUUCAUAUCUGGCCUGCGGGACAGUGGCAUGAUCAACGAUGACGAUUUCACAAGCAUUGCCCACAAAAACGCCGAACGCUUGUUGGGAUUACGUGUUCCCGAUAGUAACAGUGUCGGGCUGGACAUCCACAAGGAUGAUGCCCGAUUGAGGCCUUGGUUGAGUGAGGACAGCGCCAAUGGCGAACUCUUCCCACAUAGUCCUUUACAGUCUGUCCGGGAGCAGGCUGAAUGA